CGGCGCGCUUUUUAAAAGUCCGCGUUCGCCGGGAGUAACUCUUGGCGCGCGUGAUUAUUAGCGUCCGUGUGCACACGUGUCCGCCGUUAUCACUGUUCCCUUACUGACAAUCCCUCGAUACUGUUCAGAGUUUGAAAUAAUUGAAUAUCCGCCGCCAAAGUUGAAAAACAAGUUGUAAACGACCGAAUUAUUUCGGAAUUCUCAAAGAAAAUGAACGUGUCUACAGGUGAGGCUUGUUGCUUCAAAAUAGGCUGAGCAAGUAAGGGCUACGUGAGCCAUAAAACAGGUGUUAAUACGUAACCAGUCCUUACUCAAUAAUUUGUAAAGCGAAGCGAGACGACCCACUUUUCAGUAAUUUUCAAUAGUAAUGUUCAAUAGAUAAUACUUCAAUAGAUAGUAUUUCAAUAGAUAGUGCUUCAGUAAAUAGCGUUUCAAUCGAUAGUACAAUGCUAUAAGGCAGAACUUAUAAAUUUAUUAGAUAUCAAGCAGGAUCUGUCUGAUUUAUUGGAUAUUUAUUGGAUAUCACGUAUAUAUUUAUUGGAUUGUUCAGAUUUUACGCGUCAAGUGCUCAGAGAGCUCCGUGAAAAAUAACAUAGUUAACGCUUAAAAUAAUGAAAUAGUUAAUAUUAAAAGAAGAAAGGGAUAGCUAUAAAUGAACAAAAUCGCAAAUAGUAUGCAUAGACGUGAUGAAAUUUAAGGGAAAGAAUUGAAAACUGUAUUUCUUACUUGAGGUCAGCUUUGACCCAAAUAUAAACAUUACCUUUCGCUUGAUUUUCUCUUCGGUAUUCCCGUGCAAUAUGUUCAUUAAUCAAUAUUUCUAUUUACUGAAGAUUAUGUUCUCACUAUCUCGCAGAGAACUAAACGGAAUUGACCCGUUGAGCCGAUUUACGCGUUUAAUGUUGCAUUCUUAUCGAACUUGGCACUCAUAAACAACUUUUGCAAUAUGCUAGUUGAUUACGAUUUCCUCUGAACUAUAACUGUUAUCAUAUCAAGCAAUAAAUGGAUUUUCCAACCACAUUCGAAUACCAUUUUCCUGAUGAUACAACUUUUAUUUAUUUCAUAUAUGGCACUUCUUUCUCGCUGCGGUUCACGACAUGUGCUACGCGAAUAUCAUAACCAACCGUACCAAAAAGAAAAAAAAAGGAAAAUAGUUGGUAAGCUUGCAUUAACGCGUUUCAGUGCGUAUAUACAAUAUUGUAUGUAUAUAUAAUAUUGUAUGCAUACAACGCAAUCAAUCAAUAUAUACAACGCAACGCAAUCAAUAAUGUUCUUUCUCUCACAAUACAUAUGCUAUCAAUUGUUUAAUGGUGACGUGGGAAUACAUAAACGUUGAGCCGCUUGUAUCGCUGCAUACGUCGUUUUGGAAGAAUAAUCAGCGUUUACGUUUCGAUGCGAGUAUGACUCAACCGUAACGUAAUUCAUAAUUAUCAAUAAACAUUGCUCAAUUGGUGAUUUAAACGGACUUUGCAAUAGAAUUUGUAUGUAACUUACGGAAAAAUAAAGCAAAUUUUGUAACACUGAAAUAAAAUUUUGCAGCUUGGACGCGUGAUUUUUUGUCAGUCUAUGUUCGUUCGUAGAAAGAAAGAGAAAAACUCGCAACUAAAAAAAAAUUCUCGCGACACAAUUUUAUUGCGGGCACAACCGAGGCAGUGCAGAAGCACUACCGUAUCGACGGAGUAACACCCAGUGACGGUGGCAGCACCACUUGGUAGUGCGCACUGGCAUCCGUAUUGAUUAUCAUAGAUGGAGACAAAGUCGGCGGGAAAAUCAAUAUCGCAUUUCGCCGGCGCCCUCGCUAUUUUCGACAAGAAAUUUUCUUCGCUCGACGCUCCUACGAUUUCCAAGUUAUUUCCAAGAGUGUGUUUGAGAUUGCAGAGAUUAUUGAUCUCGUUUUGUGAGCAAGUAAUCACAUAAUCGUGGGUAUUACGAUGUAGUCCUAAUCAGUGCGCGCAUCAUAUCUUCUUCAGCCGAGCUCCAGAAUUUAUUUACCGCUUUUCGUCGAGUAGCGCGACUCGUCAUCUCUCGUCGAGGCAAUGACAGAUCUACUCGUUGUUGAUAUAACAUCGCAACAACGACUAGAGGUGAACAUCUGAGACGAGAUGAGAAAAAGCAGCACGAAAUAGAUAUAAUAACGUAUACAUAUUUUUCUCCCAUUGCAAACAACGUAAACUCCGACUGUGCUAUACCAACACCUGGUGACUCAUCAUUGCGACGCAUUUAUCCAUCAGCUGAUCGAUGCAACGAGAAGAAGAGAAUACUUCGGCGCACAGUGCAUGGCAAAUCACGGAAAUAAUAACGAACGCGUAGACGUAACGGGGAUAUAUCAAAAAAACAAGCGGACGCGUAUUAUUCAUCAAUUAUUGACGAACAACUCGUCGAAGAUAAGGAGGGCAUUCGAUAUUCGAGUGUGAAUUCCCAAGUCAAUCUGCGCAGUGAAAGGCUAUCGACGAAGGGAACGAGAGUCUAUGUGAAUCGUCUGCGCUUGUACGAGUGAACGACCACCGGAAGAUAUCGCAUAAUCUCCAGGAUCGAUUGGGAUAGUGACAGCGGAGGAAUCGUCUUCUAUGCGGCAGGAAUCCCUGACCGGUCUGAAACUGCGGCCGCCGGGCGAUCACGGUGGUGUACAUCACGGCGGGGUCAUGCUUGAGGAAGACAUGGCUGGUGCUCAGGACACGAUAUACCUGUGCAAUUUUAGGGUGUCGGUAGAUGGCGAAUGGCUCUGUUUGAAGGAGCUCCAGGAUGUCGAGUUCUCGCUCCAAGACUCGAUGCAACGAUCACCAUCGCCUCCGCUUGCUCUCAGUGGUAUUAAUCACCUUCAUGAUCACCAUCAUCAUCACCAUCACCACCACUAUCAUCAUCACCAUCAGCAACAGCUUCCCGAGCAACGAGAGCUUCGCAAUAUAAUGCCACCAAGUCCACCGCCAUUGCAGCACGUCUCCAGCUUGUCACGGGACCCGGUGAUCAUCGAGAGAAGUAAUCUCGUUAACAUUUCCAAACUAAUCGUCAAGGAGCUGAUCGAAACAUCCUUGAAGUAUGGUCGUAUGCUCGAUUCCGAUCACAUGCCGUUGCAACAUUUCUUCAUCGUUCUCGAACAUGUGCUUAGGCAUGGUUUACGGCCGAAGAAGGGUCUUCUCGGACCCAAGAAGGAGCUCUGGGACAUUCUUCAGCUCGUAGAAAAAUAUUGUCCCGAAGCGCAAGAUAUUACAUCCAGCAUUCGUGAUUUGCCUACUGUUAGGACGGCUAUGGGUAGGGCUCGCGCUUGGCUUCGUAUGGCAUUGAUGCAAAAAAAGUUAGCAGACUAUUUGAAAGUUCUGAUAGAUCACAAGGAUGAUAUUUUGUCGGAAUACUUUGAGCCAGACGCUCUCAUGAUGAGCGAGGAGGCAAUCGUGGUGAUGGGUUUAUUAGUGGGAUUAAACGUGAUCGAUUGCAACUUCUGCGUAAAGGAGGAAGACCUCGAUUGUCAGCAGGGCGUAAUCGACUUUUCGUUGUAUCUACGUAACAGUAAUCACAUACCCGGCGAAUCUCCAGACGACGAGCUCGAAAACGACAACAUGACCACGGUGCUCGAUCAAAAGAACUACAUCGAGGAACUCAAUCGACACUUGAACGCGACGGUGACGAAUCUCCAAGCCAAAGUAGAAUCUCUAACGACAACGAAUGCUCUUAUGAAAGAAGAUCUCGCUAUCGCUAAGAAUAACAUCCUAUCGCUUCAAGACGAAAACAGGCAGCUAAAGAAGGAACUCGGUAUCGAGGUUAAAGACGCGAAUGAGAACGGAAAGGCACCCCUUAAAAUAACAGAAACUACAGCGGAAAUGGAAGAACUUAGAAGCAGAUUAGAAUCUGAAAAGAAAUUUCGGCAAGAUCUGGAAAAAGAAUUGGAGUUACAGAUUAGCAUGAAGUCCGAAAUGGAGGUAGCUAUGAAGUUGUUAGAGAAGGAUAUACACGAGAAGCAAGACACAAUAAUAUCUUUGAGACGACAACUGGACGAUAUCAAGUUAAUCAACUUGGAAAUGUACAAAAAGCUGCAGGAGUGCGAAGGCUCGCUUAAGCAUAAGACAGAACUGAUCACAAAGUUGGAAGCUAAAACACUAUCGAUGACUGAGACCAUCCAGAAAAUGGAUGAGAAGUGCAAGGAGAUCGAUGGUGUCAGGUCGGGGGCGGUGGAGAGGGUGAGAGUCCUGGACGCGGAGGCCGCUGAGAGGGAAGCGCGGACGAAUGGGGUCGAGAGGGAAUUGCGACUCGAGCGCGAAUGGAGAACCUCCUUGCAGGAAACAUCGAUCUGUAACACGGAGAAGAUCUCUCAAUUACAUCAGGAGAUCGAUCAGCUGAAACGGGUGUCCGAGAGAUACUUGACGCUGCAGGAGGAGUAUUAUGCGCUGAAGGAGGUGUGCAGCGAGCAGGAACGAACUCUGGAGGAACUUGGGGGACAAUUGAGCGCGGCCAAAUUAGCGGCGGCCGAACUGCGCGAGGCCGCUGACAACGUUCAGCAGCAGCAGCAGCAGUCGGCGCUGCAAGAAGGAUCGGUUGCCUGGGCGAACGAUCGGAUGGUCACCCAAUGCAAGGGGUGCAGCCGUGAGUUCAACAUGACUCGUCGCAAGCACCAUUGUCGCAAUUGCGGGAACAUUUUCUGCAACGCGUGCAGCGAUAAUGCUACAGCCUUGCCGAACUCAGCGAAGCCUGUGCGCGUUUGUGACGAAUGUUAUAUGUUUCUAGUUAGUCGUUACUCGGUAACGCAUUAAUACUACGCGUGCAUUUUUGUUUUUUCGUAAGCAUUCCGCAUAACGGAGAUUUCAACCUGAUGCAUGGUCUCCGGCGGAGGAAAGAAAAAAAGAAAAAAGGAGAAAAUGAACGAAAAGGGAGCGCGGAAGAAAGAACCGAGCGUUGACAAAAUCUGUCCGAAAAUACAGCCUUUGAAUGUGUUUCUUGUUUAUGGUACGUUAUGCGUAACCGUUUAUCGCAAAUUGAACGUAUACGAUGACGAACAAGCCAAUCUGCCGCGAGCGACGUUUCGUCCCGCUUUGGUACCUUUUUUCCUAUUUUUCUGUUUUUUUUUCUUUUUUUUGGUUUACGAAAAUGCUCACGGUAUUCUAGAGUUUAUAUUACUUGGCUCGAACGAAUGUACAAUUUUUCUGAUUUUAUUGUUAUAACGUAAUUUUUACGUAAUACUAACUUUUUAAAUAAUCUUACAAAUAAUCGACGAAGGCAUGCGAACGAUAAAGUUGAUUUAUUUUCCUUCCCAUUUCCACUUGAUUUUGCAGUAGAAUGAUUUCAGUUUGCUGUACAACAGUUAUUAUUAUCUCACUUGGUGGCGGUGAGUGGAAGAAACGACUCCGUCGAUCGGUCACGAGUCCGAAAUAUUUACGAUACACAAACACUUGUUCAUAUGUGAGUUUUGUAAAAAAAAAUUGUUAACCACGCGCUUUGUUUCCGGUAGCGUUCGAUAGUAUCGUUUCUCGUUUGUUGCGCUCAACUUGAGCGCGGUUAGAUCGUAUAUUACCAGCGUAAGACUGUGACUCGGUGGCGAUUUGUGAAGUAACGAAACUGCAGCUUUGUUCGCGCGCUGCAGUGUCCAAACGCGUGCCUGUACAAUGAUAUUUUUAAGAUAUUGUGUACCAUCUAAAAAAGAUUAUACGUAAAUAA